UGUAGCAGGGUCCUUUUCUUUUGGUUGAAGCUUUUUCCAAUCCUUUGCUUCCGGGCCAUCUCUGCAAUAUACUCUCCCUUGCUGAGCACGAAGAUCAAGAUGGGCCAAAACAUAUCAGCUGGAAAGAAAGGUAAAGAAAUUGAUUCCGUGAUAGAGAAAUGCUACCAAACUUAUUUUAAAGACAAAAAAGAUUGGACUUCAGCUAAGUUCUACGGAGCAGUAUGCGAAACUGUCGAAGAAAUCAACAAAAAGCUUGGGAGCACGCAGUUAAGUGUGCCAAAGACUACGACGCUGGAGCUAGCGUAUGAGAGAUACAAGGAAGCAGCAAAAGGAGAAUUGUCAAAAGAAGAGUUUCAAGGGAUUCUCCAGGAAGUGCUAAUUGAGACUGGAUUUACAGGAAUUGGAGCCAAGGACAUACUCUUCUACCUAUUCGGGAUUCCGGUUACAGGCUUAAUGAUCAAGAAACGUGCAGCCCUCAAAAUCCAUGACGAUUUAUUCAUCCCUGCUAUCACCUCUGCCACUGUUUUCCUCCUUGCAAAACUAAAAAAAAUUUGAGGGCCAUUGGCUCAUUCCCUGCUAGUUACCAUGUCUAUCCUCAAAUCAUGUUUAAUUUGCUGAUGCAAUGGUGGUUGUUGUGGAGGAUAUCUUCAAAGUUCCUAGUUAAUUAUUGGAUAUCCAAGCAAUA